CCUCAUCAACACCGUCCCCUCCAAUCGUCAACAAACACACCUUCACAACUUCUCUCCACCACGCCCCGAGUAUCUCACCGGGCUUGCGCACUUACCCUACUACAAUCUCACUCACCCGAACACCCCUACCUCACACAUCAUGUCCUACGACAAGAAGGCUGUUCACUUCGGUGGCGGCAACAUCGGACGUGGUUUCGUCGCCGAAUUUCUGCACAACUCUGGCUAUGAGGUCAUCUUCGUCGAUGUCAUGGACUCGAUUAUCACUCAGCUCCAGGAGACACCUUCAUACACAGUCACCGAGAUCGGCGAUGACGGCGAGCGCACGUUCACCAUCGACCACUACCGGGCCAUCAACUCCAAGCACGAGAUGGACAAGGUCGUGCACGAGAUUGCCACUGCCGAUGUCGUCACGUGUGCUGUCGGGCCCAACAUCCUCAAGUUUGUUGCUGACCCUGUCGCCAAGGCCAUCACGGCUCGCACACUCGACUACCCCCUCGCCGUCAUCGCCUGCGAGAACGCCAUCAACGCUACCACCACAUGGAAGGGCUUCAUCGAGAGCAAGCUGAGCGAGGAGACCCUCAAGAGCAUCGACAAGAAGGCCCGCUACGCCAAUUCGGCUAUUGACCGCAUUGUGCCACAGCAGGACCCGGGCGCUGGUCUCAAUGUCAAGAUCGAGAAGUUCUUUGAGUGGUGCGUCGAGCAGAAGCCCUUCGAGAACGGCGGCAAGAAGCCCGCGAUCGAGGGUGUCCACUACGUCGACGACCUCGAGCCUUACAUCGAGCGCAAGCUCUUCACUGUCAACACAUCACACGCUACCGCUGCCUACUACGGGCACAACCGCAAGGUUCCCUACAUCCACGAGGUUCUCCAGAACAACGAGCUCCACGACAUUGUGCGUGCCGCCGUCAAGGAGACCGCCCACUUGAUCGUCAACAAGCACGGCAUCUCGGCACAAGAGCAGGAUGAUUACGUCGAGAAGAUCGUCAAGCGCAUUUCCAACCCCACUCUCAAGGACAACGUCGAGCGUGUCGGCCGUGCUCCUCUCCGCAAGCUCUCCCGCAAGGAGCGCUUCGUUGGCCCUGCCGCUCAGCUGGCUGAGAUGGGCGAGAAGGUCGAUGCCCUCCUUGGUGCCAUCGAGAUGGCGUAUCGCUUCCAGAACGUCGAGGGCGAUGAGGAGUCUGUCGAGCUCGCCAAGAUCCUCAAGAACACCUCGGCGGAGGAUGUCGUCAACCAGGUCAACGGUCUCGACCGUACGCACCCUCUCUUCGACCAGAUCGUCCCGAUCGUCAGGAAGGUCCAAGAGAGCACCAAGGGCUCUUCAUUGUAGCUUGAGGGCGCAUAAAGUGCGACAAGGUGUGAUUUCUUCCGGCGCAUGGAGCAAAAAGGUACUGAGCGAUGGUUCUACUUAGCGGGCUUUCCUAGCUUCUCACGAUACUCCCACAGCGAUCUCAUUUAGCAGGCUGUGACACGAAUGAUACAUGAUUGAUGAAUGCCUGUUUCCUUUGCUACUGUGAUGCUGCUGCAUGCCUACUAGAAAGCCUCUGGGGUAUGAUAUUGACUAUGGC